GUUUAGAGAAAUACAGUACAUGAACAGUUUAUUAUUAACUUGUAAAUAUUUAACACCUGGGUAUUUGUCUCCAGAUAAGAGAUAAUAUAUAUACAUGUAUGAGUUAAGGGUUUAAAAAGGAGUAUAUGCUUCUUUGUGGAACUCAACCUAGAAUGAGAUUUACUGACCUAGUCGUUUUAACAUGGACCCUGUCAUUGUUCAAUGAGGAGGCAUACGGGGGAUGUGUCGUGGUGUACGAACCCUUGCGUAUGACAGACCUAACAGAGGGUACGUCGAGGAAUUUAUUUCUCAACCUUACUUGUUCGACUACGUUUGAUAUUAGUGAUGAUUACGAGAACAAAUACAAUUUCAAAACCGAGGACACUGUAACGGAUUUAGAUGGUUCCGUUAAUUUGCAUGUACGUAUAACGUCACGGAAUGACGUCAUAGCAGUUGUUAAAGAUGCUGAUUCGAUCGUUCUGUCUGAUACAGAACCUUCAGCGAAUGUCACCGUUGUUGGACGACGACUGGGUAGGACCACCUUGAAUAUAGAACGCAUCGGAGACACCAUAAAACAUGAAAACAUAUCCUUACCGAGCAGUUACACUGUUUUGGUGGUUCGCAAACGAGGUGCUAUUGAUAUCAUAUUCGCAGUCGUUCUUGGAACGAUGAUUUUGGUUCAAAACUUUGGUUUCGGUUGCAAGAUCCAACUAAAUGCCAUCAAGGAGAUUUUAAGGCGUCCAGUUGCGCCUGCUAUAGGAUUUUGCUGCCAGUUUUUGUGCAUGGCACCGUUAUCUGUUGGUAUAUCUCAACUGCUCAGACUUGACAACGUGAUGAGUAUUGGACUACUUGCUAUAGGAAGUAGUGCCGGUGGCGGAGCAAGCAAUAUUUUCGCCUUUUUACUCGAUGCCGACCUUGACCUUAGCAUAGCCAUGACAUUUAUAAGUACAGUUGGAGCGCUUGGUAUGACACCAUUUUGGAUGUGGGUGUUCAGCAGACUCUACGUCGCAGACGUCCGUGUCCAUAUUCCCAUCGUCAACGUACUCGCAUCGGUAGCUGUUGUAGUACUCCCCGUUGCCGUUGGAGUGAUCGUCAAUCACUUCAAGCCAAAUGUUGGCGCAAUUAUUGUAAAACUUGUUCGUCCAUGGAUCGCUCUGAUCGCCAUUGCUUUCGCAACACUAGUGCCACUCGCCUUUCACUACAUUUUCACUCUCGUCACUUGGCAAAUCUUUCUGGCUUGUUUCCUAACCCCGGUACUAGGUAGUAUUAUCGGGGCGACAGUCGCGGCCAUAUUUAAGCAAGAGCUACCAAAGAUCACGACAAUAUCUUUAGAGACGGGCAUGCAGAAUCUUCAGUUGGCACUAGUGAUGAUCGGGAUCAGCUUAUCACAACCUGAAUCCGACAUGGCGACAACAAUGCCAAUGAUGUACACUUUGGUAGGAAUCAUACCGUGGGUGAUAAUAGGUGCUGUCAAAAUCGUUUGGAACUGUGUCAGGAAGAGACUGUUGCUUAAAGGAGACGCUUACGAUCUUGAUGCAAUGGUUAAACAGGAUAUAGAAUAUAUCAAAAAUAAAUCUAAAGAUGAUUCUCUCGGUACUGUUAUUCCAGGCGAAUAUUUACAUACAAGAUAACUUUGUUUCUUUUUAAACUAGCAAGACGUAGAUUUGACAAGUAUAUAAAUACCUAAGUCAGUAUUUUUUAUUUGUAAUUACAAAGAUGGCACUCGAGCCGAUAUACAAUAUAUUAUAAUUAUAUAGAACACGAACUUAAUAAAUCUUAUUUAAAUAUUGUAUUCAUUUAUACAUUGCAUCAUCAAUUAUCAUCUGGUAAUGUAGCUGAUAUACACAGUGUACACCAUAUGUAUUGUUUUAUUCACAUAAAAGCUUCAAAACAUAUAAAUUACUAGUAUUGGUCUUAUUUACAACAUAUUUUUCUAA